AUGCGUCAAGCUGAGGACGAAAUUCCGUCGACGGCACAAGAAGGACCGAGGCCUAAAAGCCGUGAUGCAAUCCCGAUACAUCAUCUGCUCAAUGCUCCGGAUGGCGACUUGGCUCCGCGAUUCCCCAUUCGCGACUCGCCUUCCGGCACAGGGGUCGAUGAGGAUGAUGCCGCCCUCAACGAAGCGGAGGAAUCCUCUGAAGCUUCACAUUGGAGUGAGGACUAUGAGCAGAAUGAUGUCUUCGCUGGUGCAGCUCUGCCAGACUUCGAAGGUGUCAGUUUUGAUUCUUUCUUUGGAGGAUUCGAAAGCUUUACGUUCGGCUCGUAUCCGCUGCACCAUGACAUGGCGCAGAUUACCAGUGGGCCUGUAAUAGUGCCGCCCACUGCGAUGAUGCUCGAGACUCGAGCCUACGAGAUCAGGCAAUUACUGCUGAACACAGUGAGCAAGAUUGCGGCCGAAGAUCCGGAGAACCCACAGCUGCCACUCUUAGCUCCCAACAUCGAGCUCCUCACACAUGUGGAGAUAGACAGCUGCCUGAAUUCCUUCUUCAACAACUACCACAGGCAUUGUCCGAUAAUUCACCAGCCGACGUUUCAACCAACACUUGCACCCGAGGCUCUCGUGCUGGGAUGCGUCGCACUCGGCGCCAUGUACUCGGACCCGGGCAAGGUUGCCUGGAUGAAGAGCCUGCUGGAUUUGUUCGAGCAAUACAUGUUUUCGCUCCCAGCUGUGAAGGACGACUACUUUACCACGAAUGGAUACCAGCAGAUGGCGGACGAGGAAGCUCUAAACUAUCACUUUCAGACUUUCCAGGGAGCCUACCUGUGUGUGGUGGUCCAGUACUUCUCUGGAAACCUAGCAGGCCGCAGGAGAGCCAGACGACAACGGUUUUGUACGAUUCUCAACAUGGCUCGGUAUUUCGGCCUUCCUACCGCACAACAUGCAAGUAUCUUUGCAAUGACCGACGAGAUGGCUUUUCAGCGCUGGAUACGGAACGAAUGUCGCAUCCGGACCAUGAACGUCAUGCUUGCGCUCGACUCGGCGAUGGGUAUCUUCAACAAUGUCGCUCCGCGCGUCAACUAUUGCGAACUGGAUCUGCAGCUGCCCUGCCAUGCUGAAUCUUUCCAGCUUGCGAGUUAUGCAGAAAUGCUGCAGCGAUCCGCAUUCCCUCGCUCGCGCAUGAAAUUGAUCGAUGCUUUCCAAAAGCUGUUUGUCCAGCCUAACGAGCUGAGGGCAGCAUAUCAGCAUGAGACCCUGUGCAGUUGGGAUAUGCUCUAUCUCAUUCACGUUCUUUUUACACACUGCUGGCAACACCUCUUUGGAAACCCGCUUCAUCGAAUCUCGGCAACGUCAUUGACCCCGGAACCACAUCUUGUGUACGAGCCAAUGAAGACGGCCUUGACAAACUGGAAAACGCUCUGGGACGAUGUCCGUGCGAAGUUGCCCCGUGCAACCGUGAGCAACAUGGGCUUCGAGACCUCGGCCGACAGUUACUGGACACUCGUGAGGAUGAUCGUGCUGAAAUUCCAAUACAAGAAGCGGGCCUCCAGCACAGCUAGUCCCGCGAAUGGGGUGGCUCCUCCGCACACGUCACACGUGGUCAUGAAGAGAGAGAUGGCAGUCGACGACGACGGAUUGAGUGAAUCUAGUCUGAACAGUCGAGGCGGAAGAGGAUCCAGUCCUAGCCUGGACUUUAUGCCUUUGGAGGCAGAUAGUGACUGUCAAGGUGCGCACCUGAGAAAGAUCCUCUCAAGGUGA